AUGAAUCAACGGUUGAGGCAAUCCUCACCUGAAUCUGAGCCUGUGCCUGUAUUCACCUCCCAAAGUUCUUCAUUGAUGAUGCUUUCUCAAGAAGAGAUGGACAAAUUAUUUGGGGUCAAUCAAUUUUAG